GCAGACAUGGUCCCUUCCAACGUGGUACAGACAUUGUUGGGAACGGGGGGAAAAAUGAAGGAAUGCCUUUCAGAGCAAACAGCAUCCACUCGAUCGGAUCUCCCGCUAACAACCAGCCCGCCGGACUCUUUCUUGUCUCUUUACUUUUCCUGCUGAUGGUUUGUCCCCACUCGCCCCCGGGUAUCGAAAUGAUGUAUCCCUUUCUCCUCCUGCCCCUUAAUCCUGAACCGCAAGGGUUGAUUGAUUGAUCAGGAUGGCCAAAAUGGAACAGCUGGAAGACAAUCGACAGGAUGAAUCACUCAACACUAAACAUUGACUGAAAAGGACCGCCUGAUGUCCUAACGGUACCCUGCAUGGUCAUGGCCUUGGUCACGGUCAUCAUUAUCAAUAUCAUUCUUGUGAUAUGAUCCAAUAUCAG